UAAAUCAAACACAGCGUUUUGGGUGGAUUUUUCUAAUGGAUUUUGAAAAACAUUUCCAUCUGAGUAUUUUUGGGCAAUUGGAGAGUCUUUUUCUGCCUUUGGGAUGCGAUAGUAGGGCUGUGUAUUGUCGCUAUGAAAUUCUAGCUGGUCCAGAUUGGGAACUUGUUUCCGGUACCAAGACUGGCAUAACACAGACAUGUUCAGCAUCAAGGCAGCGCUUCCAGGAGAUUUCUCUCAAUAUGCCACUGGAAUUUACGUACAAAUCCACAAAUCCCUUUGGUUGGCCACAGAUUGUCGUGAGUUUGUGGGGAAGUAAUUUGUGGGGCACAGAGGUGUGUCGUGGCUAUGCUAGGCUACACAUUCCCCUGCCAGAGAGGGAUAAACGCCGAAGAAUUGAAGCUCCCAUCAUUUCACCAAAACCCAUGGAUUUGUGGUCAAAGAUCAUUGGAUGGUUCUCAGAUUGGGUACCAGAAUUGAGAGACCCAUCCGUGCUAGCGCAUGGAAAUCGCACAAAGGGUAUCCAUACGGAAUCCUAUGGCCACCUCCGGGCAUCCUUUGAUAUUCUAACACGAGGCAGUGAAGCCCUUCACUUGGAAUGGCAUUCCCAUUGAUCAUA